AAGACACGGGAGAGGAGAUGGACAGGAACAUAUUAAAAUCUGGAUUAUUUUCUUGAUGCAGUUCAAGAUCAGUAGUGUCUCUUUGGUCGAAGAACUUUCUGGAGCAAGCAUUCAUUAGUACCUAAUCACUUUUCAUCAGGAUACCCUCUGUCGAUAUCAAAAUGGCAUUCAGAAGCGUCAUCGUCGCAGGUGCAAGUGGCACAGUUGGAGCUCCUAUCGUCGCAGCACUCUUGGCGUCCGGCCAAUUUAAAGUCUCAGCACUCUCUCGCCCAGACUCAAAAGCCACCUUCCCGGAAGGUGUGACUACUAAGCGAGCAGACCUGUCGACCCAGUCUGAGCUAAUUGAGGCUCUCCAAGGUCAAGAAGUCUUGAUCUGCACCCUUAACGAUGAAGCCGCUCCAUUACAAGCAGGGUUGAUAGAGGCUGCAUAUGAUGCGGGAGUCAAGCUGUACAUGCCCAAUGAGUGGGCUAGCCACGAGAUGAAUGUGCAGGGUACGCCGAUGGAGGAGAUGUACGAGGGGAAGAAAGCAAUUAUCAGGUUGCUGGACGAGAAGGUCAAGUUGGCUGAGAAGGAGGGAAAAGAGUUUUCUUGGACAGGUUUGAAUACGGGUAUUUUCUUUGACUGGGCCCUCCAUGCAUCAUUCCUCGACAUCUCCCUCCCACCGGCACACACCGCAAAAAUAUGGGACUCUGGUGCAAAUUCAUUCAGCGGCACGACACUCUCAACAGUCGGUCGUGCAGUUCUGUCAAUCUUGACCACUGCUCAAAACGAAACUCGAAACAAGCUCAUCGAAAUCGAAUCUUUUGCAACAAGUCAGAACGAAAUUGUAGCUGUGCUUGAGAAAGUCACGGGAAAGAAAUGGACGAUUGAGAAGACGAGUAUGGAUGACCAGUUGGGCAUUGCGGGGGCGCAUCUUGAGAAGGGUGAGUUUAUCGAGGCUCUUUAUAUUUGGGUUAGGGCAUGGAUAGUUUGUGGGAGGGAGGGUGCGAGGUUGGUGAAGGCGGAGGAGGGGAAUAAGCUGCUUGGCGUCGGUGGAGAGAAUAUUGAAGAGGUGGUGGGGAAGGUCGUUAAGGGUGAGAAAGUUUAGAGCUUGGAAGUUGUCCUGAGCUGGGAGAUUAUUGCGAGGUAAAAUGGUGUGCACUUCGGAAAUGGAUUUGGGAAUAUAAAUUGAUACAUCGAGGCAUGAGAUGCAAGAGGGACUUUCUGGACUUGGAAAGGAUACACAUUUUCAAGCCAUUGAUCAUUGAAUAUCAGAAGCUUAG